AUGUCCGUGAAAGAUAAGGGAACUUCCAAGACAUUCGAGCCUGAAGCGUAUCUCCAGAUGAAUGAACCGCAGCGGCAAAUGGGUAUUAAGGUUUUGGAACUCGAAGGAUCCUUUAACGCUGAAAGAACAUCGGACCACCAGUUUCUUGACGUGGGCUGCGGACCCGGAGACUUCACGCGUGACUGCCUUCUGCCCCGCUGUCCUCCCUUCCGAAGGAUGGUCGCCGCCGACAAAUCCGAGGUCCUGGUGCAGUACGCGCGGCAGCACUUCGCCCAUCCCAAGAUCUGCUACGAUAUCCUGGACAUUGGGUCCAAGCAUAAUGUGUCCGAGUUUGUCGAACGCUACGGAGAGUUUGAUCGCGUCUACUCAUUCUUCUGCUUGCACUGGAUGAGAGACCAAGAACCGGUUUUGAGGAAUGUCGCCAGAUUGAUGAAACCAGGAGGAGAGUGUUUCCUUAUCUUCAACGCUUACAGCCCUCCGAUGCGGUUUCACAAAAAACUGGCCACGAUGCAUCGUUGGGAGAAGUACAGAGAGAUCUUGGAGGGGCCGAUCCCUCCGAGUGUGGGCCUAGAGACCAGGGAAGAUCUCAUCUCGUACGUGAAGAGUCUGCUUAAGACUGCCGAGCUGACGACAACAACAUGCAAAGUGAUGACAAUGGAGCACAAAUUUGCAAGCCUGGAACACUUGAUUGACUUCCAGAUGGCUUUCAAUCGUCUGGCGCGCAAAAUUAUGGAAGAAGAGCGGCCCCUGCUACUCAAAGAUGUGACCGAGGAGUGCACCAAGUGGUGGGCCGAGCAAGAAGCCGGCGGCUCACCCCUUGAUGGCAAGGUGUUCGUGGUGCGCGCCCACAAGCCUCGAUCGGAAGCCGGUAGCGUCGUGAAGUAACCGGGCUUCCCGGUUACUUCAAGAAAACGACAAGAACACAUUAGAAUAUUAAAUAUACAGAUAUUGGGUAGAAUGGGCAAGCCACAUACCGGGAUAAAUUCGAAGAUAGCAUAUUACGGCGAAUUACGCACUGACAUUCUAUAUUGGAGGAUCGUAGAAAUUGUUAGCAUCAACACGAAACAGACUAGACCAUGUCGGCAUAAAAUACUAUGGAAUAUAUUCUAUAAACUGCUAGAAAAUUAUUCAAUACUCUCAAAAACUGGGACCUCUUGCGGAAGCCGGUUUCUUUCUUCAAUGGUGAUCGAAAAAAAUCAUAUAAUGCUUGUAACGUUGUUAACCUUUUUUUCCCGUGAUCGGAAAUAAUUUAUAUUUAAAUUUAUAGAUCUCAUACAGCGUAAGUUCAGUGAUAAGUCGUGGGGUUGCCAUCGUUGCUUCCACUAAGGAAAAUUGUUGUCUGAGAAUAAAGUUCGCGAUGCCACUGAGGGAAUACUUGGCUAAUCAUUGGAACACACGUGAGCUGACUUGUGCCUAUAGAUGUACGAAUGCCUUUUCCAUAGUGCCCGCACAAAAUGAACGUUCUCAAUGAAAUAUAAACGAGAGUUCAAAAGAAAACGGUGUGGAAUCCUGUGUCUCAUACGGGCACCGGACACUUCAUCGAACGUCAUUUCGUCGAACGCCGUUUCAUCGAAUAAGUGGACAUUUCAUCGAAUGCCGAUUCAUCGAACGCCGUUUUAUUGAAUUUCCCGUUACUGAAUUUUGGAGUAAUACAUUACUUUUUAUAGAAUGUGCUAUCGCUUUUGAAAUAGUUUUUACACCGCUCUAAAUUCACCUGAAAUAGAAUUAUUAUCCGGACACUUUUUAGUCUGCUAAACGCUUGCUACUGAAUCAUAGAAGGUAGUUAUCAUUUCAAAACUUGAGUGGAUACGUGACUUAUUCUUUUCUGGCGAAGUAGGCGGCUGAUCUGCUGCUCUGCUCCGCUGUCCUCGCGCGACGCAGCCGAGGCUGGUUGCGCUAUUUUUCCACGGGGUGCGGUGCCGUGGGGGCCGAGGUGCGCUCCGAUUGCAAACUGAAACUUAAAAACCCAUCGAAUUUGUGUUUUUCAGAGAGCCGUAAAAUGCUUCGCGCGGCUUCUAUCGUUCUGCG